GCAGGGCAGAGGACAGGGGUCACUGCUGGCAGGGCAGAGGACAGGGGUCACUGCUGGCAGGGCAGAGAACAGGGGUCACAGCUGGCAGGGCAGAGGACAGGGGUCACAGCUGGCAGGGCAGGGGACAGGGGUGACUGCUGGCAGGGCAGAGGACAGGGGUCAGCGCUGGUAGGGCAGGGGACAGGGGUCACUGCUGGGAGGGCAGAGGAUAGGGGUCACUGCUAGCAGGGCAGAGGACAGGGGUCACUGCUGGCAGGGCAUAGGACAGAGAUCACUGCUGGCAGGGCAUAGGACAGGGGUCACAGGUGGCAGGGCAGAGGACAGGGGUCACAGCUGG